UGCCCCUCUAAUGUCCUUUGCCCACACAGAGAGCUGCUUCCCUACUUGGAAGAAGGACACUGGGGGCCGGGACUAGAGGGUUUCUGCCUCUACCUGGAGCUCUACACCCAGUUUGCUGCCAAUGCAGAGAGUGCUCAGACCACCCUUCAGAAGCUGCUGAAGAAGAAUAAACGUUUUCGGAGAUUUGUGCAGCUUCAGGAAGGCCGCCCUGAAUUUAAGGGUCUUCAGCUCCAGGACCUGCUCCCUCUGCCUCUGCAGCGGCUCCAACAGUACGAGAAUCUCAUCGUGGCUUUGGCUGAAAACACAGUUCCCAACAGCCCUGACUACCAACAGCUCACACGGGCUGCUCGCCGGGUGAGUGAAGCUGCCCAGAGAGUCCACGCCAUUGGCCAGAGCCAGAAGAAUGACCAGCACCUCCUGCGUGUCCAGGCUCUACUCAGUGGACGCAAGGCAAAAGGGCUUACUUCAGGACGAUGGUUCCUACGACAGGGCUGGCUUUUAGUGGUGCCUCCCACUGGGGAGCCUCGGCCCCGAAUGUUCUUCCUCUUCUCUGAUGUGCUCCUCAUGGCCAAGCCUCGACCCCCAUUGUACCUGCUGAAGAGUGGCACCUUUGUCUGCAAAGCCCUGUACCCUAUGUCCCAGUGUCAGCUUAACAGGGUCUUUGGCCAUUCAGGAGGAACUUGUGGUGGUUUGCUCAGUGUAAGUUGUAUAUGGGAAAUCUGGGCCCCAAAUAUACUUCAAGCACUUACAGACCAGCGCUAUCACUUGACCUGGGUCCCUUUUCAUGAGAGUAAGGGGAUUGUUGGGGCUAAGGUUUCAUAUUUAGUCAUCAUUUCAUCCCUAAAUUCACAGCGUGGAAUCUGGGGGGAGUGGGGCCUUCAGCCUGACUUGUUCUGAACUAAAGUGGUUUCUCCCUAGCUGUCCUUCCCGGAUGAGAAGCUACUGCUUAUGUCCACUGACCAUGAGGAGCUGUCACGA